UUAAUAUCUCAUUCAUAGCAUUAUGCUACACCAGUUUCCGUUCUGCGAUCAUGGGUUGCUGUAAAAGUACCAUUCCCGAGAAAAGAUAGUUUCGUUGAGAUAUUAAUUAUUUUUCGUUUGAACGCCGACAUUAAAAUUUCUUUCUCAUUUCUCGAAGGGUAGUUCCUUUUAAUAAAUGGACAAAUAUAUUAAUCUAUAAUGGAAGGCCCAUUAGAAGUAAAAGAUUCGACCGCAGGUGCAGAAGAACCUAUUAAAUCAGAAGUACCUGUGCAGAAUCCAGAUAGCAGUGAUCGGAGUGAUGGUGCAGUAUCACCUCCGCCAAAUUGUAGCAUUUGUUUGGGCAAAUUAGUGAAUACCUCAUUCACUGAUAGUUGCCUUCAUCAAUUUUGUUUUACUUGUUUACUUCAAUGGUCUAAAAUAAAGACAGAAUGUCCAUUAUGUAAGCAGACAUUCAAAUCCAUCAUACACAAUGUUAGAUCAGAAGAAGAUUAUGACCAGUAUCAUGUACCUAGAGAAUUUGCCACUUUUGAUCUUAAUUUUGAAUUGGGUCAUGCUAUGGAUGUUGGCACUCAUCGUUUUCAUUAUAGAACAACUAUGACAGGACAUCACAGACGCUCACAUGAAAUAGUGCUUAAUCCAGAACAGGUUGCAAGAAGAGAACAAUUACCUAGCAUAGCACCACAAGUUCCAAUAGGAGAGCGCUUACGUAGACGUGUAAAUCCAGCCGAUUAUCGUCGCACCAUUUAUAGGCUCGGAAUUUGGGCUACUGCAUUACCAGAUGUAUUUGGUCGCUUUCGCGAAUGUAGUGCUGAUUUUUAUCGGAGAGAACCGAGAGAAUUAAACCGACUUAUACCAUGGUUAAAUAGAGAAUUGCAAGUAUUACUUAAUAACAAUUCUUCACUUGUUGCAUAUGUAUUAAGUAUCAUAUUGGAUGCUCUUAGUCACUAUGAUAUCAGAAGCCCAGAAUUUCGAGAGUUAGUACGCCCUCAUUUCAGCACAUAUACAGACCACUUUGUACAUGAAUUACUUAAUUAUGCGCGAACUAAUUUCGAUUUAGUUGGCUAUGAUCAAUCCGUAACUUAUUUACCACAAGUAAUAUUCAUUAUAGGAUUGUCAAAUGAAUAUGUAUCACAUAUUUUGUCACCUGCAUCUAGCAGUACUAGCACUAGUUCUGAUGAUUCAGAUGUGCGAGUUCUAGAUGAAGCAAUCGAUCUUAGAAUGAACACAGAUAUGCCUAGUGUAGGACCACAUACGAUUAAUAUGCCUGGUCCAAGUACCGUAGCACAAACGUUUCAAUUGGAAAUCCCAUACAAUGUACCAGAUGUAUUAACUAUUUCCUCUGAUUCCUCCAUAUCAGAUAAUGAUUGCGAAGUGAUUGGUUAUGUGAAACCUCGUCAUGAAAGAACUCCAGAAAUCAUAGAAUUACUUUCAUCUGAUCCUGAAGAAAUAAACAUUUCUCACAUAUCAAAUGAUAACGCUCAAGUUCCAGCACCUGCUUCAUAUGAAGAUAUUGUCCAACCUAGUACAUCUCACAGUAUUAAGAACCGAGCAUUGGCAUCAUCAUCUAACGAAAGUAAUUCUGAUUCAGACAGCGAUUACAAUUUCCGAAGAAGCAGAAAAUAUCAAAGUCGUACUAGAAAACAUACGAAAAGAAGUACAACUAGUAAAAGGCGCAAGCGAUCUAUAGAAACAAGAGUUCGUAAUCGAACGAGUAGGAAUUUAUCCAGUUCAGGCGAAAGUGACGCUAGAAAAAAGGCAUCGAAGAGGAAUACUCAACGGCCGUCGAAAAGAAGAUUAAGUAGUAGUAGUAGUGACAGCAGUUCUCACGAAAUCGAAUCAAAACCUUUGGAUGAAAAAAAAUCGCGAACUUUACAAUAUUCUACGAAAGGCACUGUACGGGUUCGUAAAGAUUUAAUUAAGAAAGAAACUCGAUAUUCAGAUGAUGAAUCAUUCAGUAGUAAUAGUACUGAUUCAGACGAAGUUAUGAAGAAUGUGAAAUCUCGUACACUGCGAAAAUCUAAAAGGAAAUACGCCACUAGUUCAAGUGAUUUUGAUACGAGCAGAAAUGAGAAGAUAAUUAGAACAAGAGGUAAAACUAGGCAAGUAUCAGAUACAAAAGAAGCUCACCGAAAAGAGUCAAGAUACAAGAGUGAUCGACAAUCUGAGUCUAGAAGUAGCAGUGUAUCUUCUUAUGCAUCCCAAAAAGAAAAAAAAGAUAGUUCUAGAAGACGGGAAUCUCAACGAGAUAUAAGUGAUAAUGACAGCUCUUGGACAACCAGAGACGUGUUAAGAAAAGAUCGUGAAUUUAAAUCCAAGACAAGAGAAGUAAUUCUAAGUAGUUCAGAUUCCGAUGGAGAUUUUAGGUCGCACAGUCAAUGCAGUAAUUAUUCAAAUAAAUCGUAUACACGUAAAAAAAAAUCGAAGCAUAAAGAUAGGCAUAAAAGUAAAAAGAGGAAACGAUCCAGCAGUAGAACACAUAGUUCAUCAAAUCGAUCACGACUAACUCGCCGACAUCCAGCUUGAAAUUGAAAUAUAAUAUUGAAACAUUCCGAUUCGAAAAAUGAUUUAAUUAGAAAAAGAAAUAAACGUGUGUAACUCCUACAAAAUUUGCAAGGGGUUACAAAAGAUCUCAGGGUAACACCAAAUCAAAAUUGAUGAAAAUAAUGAUGCAUUUGAUUGUUAAUUGGCUUGGAUUCAAAACGAUAUCGCUGAAUUUAAUAAUUAAAACCAUUUAACGAUUACCUAUUUAAUUGAAGGUUACUAAUGAAUUUCUUUAAACUAUCAUGUGUACGUGAAAUACAACAACGAUAAAACAUGAUGAAUUCACAUUAAUUUUCGAUAUAUUCAUUUGUUCAUCAUCAUCAAUAUGGUUAUAAGGGUGCAGAGACAUUUAACAUUUCUAAAUGAAAACAUAUUGCAUUAUAUGAAAUAUUAUUUUAUUUCUCUAUAUUUUUAAUGAAAAUGGCUUCCACAUGUGUUGUAAAAUAUAUGAAAAUUGUGUAUAAAGUACUGACGUAAAAUUACAGGUUUUAUUUAUAAUUUUUUCUAAUGUAUAAAUUGUUUACAUAAAAGAUGCGACCAAACUUAAUGUGUUAAAAUUUAUGUUAAAUUUUGGGCAAUAUAUGGAAAAGAAAAUAUUCUGCAUAAACACGUACGAACAUAUAUAUAUAUAUAUAUGUAUAUAUGUGUGUGUAUAUAUAUAUAUCACUAUUACUUUCAUAAAGGAACUACAGUCCUUAUUAUAUUUCCCUACGACUUUAAUUCCCAAAGAAUGUUUGUAAAUAUAUUUGUAUGUUAUAAGCUAAUAAUUUAAUUAAAACUUUACACAGAUAUAAUUUUUUGUAAAGUACGUAGAUUUAGAAGUGCUAUAUGUAAAAUUAUACAUGUUAUGUAUGAAUCAUAAAGUAAUUAGUUUAUAACAGAUAA